CAAUCAUAGAAACAUGCAUGUGAGCAUCAAUGUUAAAUAACAGUAACGGCAAAGAGAACUUUAAAGGAAUCGAUCAGCACGGGACGGCUGAGCAAAAGGGGGAAGAAGCUAGUAGAUUGGAGAGAAAAACUAUGUACACCAAAUUAAAAUAAUCGAAAAAACUUAAUAAAAAACAAUUAAAAAGCAAGAAUUAAAAUCAAAAUAAUCAUAGACAAUUGUUCAUUACGUUGUAAGGAAUAAGUUUUGAUAGAAUGAGAUGAGAAAAAUGGAAAAAUUGUGCGAGAAAAUGUGAAAAAUUAACAAAAGAAUUUUCCAUGUUAAAGUUGUAUGUGUUGACUGUGAAUGUAUUCGUGAUAAAUUGGUGUUUUGAAGAAUAAAUUUUCUGAAAAUUCGGUUUUAUAAAGAGUGACUUGAGAACUAUUCAUGAGUGACUUGACUUUUAAUAUUCUAUAGAAAUAUUGCUUUAAAAUGAAAUUUGCGGCCUUUGGCCCCAAUAAGUGGCCAGUUUUUGCCACAAUUUCAAUUGAUCAGGAUUCCUCUGUGUGUUACAUUGCAUCUCCAUUGAUAAAUAAGUCUUUUACUGAACCUGUUGUUGGCAGGUUUUUGUCUUCUGCAUGGAUUCAAUAAGCAAUUUAAAGGCAGAAAAUAGCCACCAAUCUGAGGUGGUCGUUGGUAAUCAUAAUAUUAAUAAAAACUCAAGUGCACAACAAUCAAAUCAAAAAAUUAAUCAAUCUGAUCCAAGAGAUACAAAUUUUGAAUACGAAGAUAACGAGUGGGAUAUUGGAAUUGGUGAUUUAAUAAUUGAUUUAGAUGCUGAUAUCGAGAAAUCAUCUAAAAUCGAAUCAUCGUUUAUAAGUCCUUUAGAUCCAGCAGUAACAAAUAAUAAAAAAACUGCAGCUGCUAGCAAAAAUAUAAAAGAGGGUAUAGAAAGUGAAAAAGGAGUUUUGAAAAAAAAUUUAAAAGUUAAAAGUGAUUCAAUAAAAAUGUCUUCAGUAAAUAAUUCUAAUGCAAAUAAAAAUUUAUCGAAAAUGUCGAUAGAUCAUCAGGCAACUCUUGAUAAGGGAUUGAAGAUGAAAAUAAAACGUACCAAAACGGGAAAAACGUCUGAAUCAAAGCAUGAGAUAGUGAAAGCGGAAUCAAAUGGAAAUCUCAAUGUGGACGAUCAGAAUUGUGAAAAAACUAGUAAUUUAGGAGUAUCUGCUUCGCCAUCGAGUAGUAGUGGAAAGAGAACAAGCAGUAAUCAUAAGAAAGAUAAGAUUAAGGAAAAAACUCACAGUAAAGAUAAGCAAGACUCGUCUUCAAGUCAGGAAAUUAUCAUUGCUGAUCCAAUUAGUUGCACUAAAUCAUCAGUUGAUCUGCAUAACCGCUUAAAUAAUGCAACAGGAAUAAUCAAUGACAAGCAAGCAACAGGAGUUGUUUCGGGCUCUCUUAAGAAUACUGUGAUGAUAAAGCAAAAGGAAUCAAUGAAGCCUCAAAUAAACUCAUCCACAUCGUCGACUGGUGCUUCGACAAUGUAUCAAAACAUCUCCGAGAGUAAGGAGGAUAAUAAAGGCACAAUAUCACCCCCGAUAAAACGAGCAAAAUGUGAUCCAAAAGGUAUGGUCGAUGUGUGUGUAGGAACGUCAAUUGGCACAAUCACUGAGCCCGAUUGUUUGGGACCUUGCGAGCCAGGAACUUCUGUUACUUUAGAAGGAAUCGUUUGGCACGAAACAGAGGGAGGAGUUUUGGCUGUAAAUGUAACAUGGAGAGGAAAAACGUAUGUUGGUACAUUGAUCGAUUGCACAAAACAUGACUGGGCACCGCCGAGAUUUUGUGAUUCACCAACAGAAGACUUGGAAUCACGAAUGCAAAAAAGUGGUCGGUCAAAAAGAGCGCGGAAUAGUACAACUUCAAAUAAUGAAUUAUUAAAUUUCACAGAGACACGAAGCUCAGUUCACAGUAAGCUGCGGAACGGAGGAUCUAAAGGUAGGACAUCCAGAAAUAGUUCAAUUGGUGCACCACCAACGAACAUUACACCAUCUACUUCUCCGACCGCUUUUUUAGUUCCCAAAUCUGAUAAGCGAAGAAAGUCAAAGGAUGAAAGUCCGUCUUCAUCAAAUGGCAAUUCAUCGGGCAGUAAUGUAACGAAUAGUACUUUGAAUGCAGCUACUUGUAACACACCUAAUCUAAAGAAACCUAAAAAUACGACAUCACCUUGUGCUGUUUCUCCAGUACUUAUCGAGUGUCCUGAACAGGAUUGCAGCAAAAAGUACAAGCAUGCAAAUGGAUUGAAAUAUCAUCAGAGUCAUGCACACGGCACAAUAACUAGUACUGAAGAAGAGACGCUUCAACCACCCGAUUCUCCCUUCCAAUAUUCAAGUUCGAGUACUUCUAAUGAGAAAACGCCAGUCGUUGAAGCAACAGACUCACCAACAACUAUUAAUAAUAAAACAAAUCCUCUCGAGACGCCACCGCCACAUCCAGAAAAGCCACUAAGUAUCAAAUCUGUUCUUCAGCUUAAUGAAGGAGCUACUAUAAAUCCACCCAAACCGUUUGUAACGUCGCCAAUAAAGGAAGAAAUCAGUAAAACGCCAACAGUAGAAGAGGAACCAGCUGUUGUCGACGCCACAAUAAAGCCGGCUCCUUCGAGUGAAAACUUAGACAAAAGUAAUAAGAAUGCAUCACAGUUCGGAGUGAAUCCGGAUUUUGAGCAAAUUUCGAAUGAUUCCAUAGGUGAUACGUCAAUGCAAGCAAAUAACUUAAACUUCUUCCAAAUAAAUCCACAAAGUAAAGUACCUAGUGCUAAGAAACAGAAGAAUAGGAAAUCGCCUGGUCCUGAGACAUUAGAAGAUCAUUCGUUAAACCGUUCUGAAAAUGUAAGAAGUCCCGCUUAUAGCGAUAUAUCUGAUGACUCGAAUGCACCUAUCGAUAAUCACAUGAUUGACAAAUCGAAACCGACACCGCUACAAAAAAUAACUCCAGAUCAGCAAACAAAUAGUUUAAUAAUGGGAGGCUAUAAUAAUUUGUCAUUUUAUCCAUCACCAACAUUCUUACAAAAUCCAGAUAAUCAAAAUAACAAAUCAAUAUCAAAUGUUAUAAACUAUGGAGAAUAUGGAAAGCCUAGAGAGCAACAUAAUCCUUUAGAUUUAAUUGGAAAAUUACAUAUAGGAAAAAAUAAUCAAGAAACCGCAAAUAGCAAUACAGCACCACCUCCACCCCCACAAAAAGUCAUGCAUCAGCAUUUUCCUUACAAUCUCAUGCAAGGAAAUUAUCCGCAACAUUACAACAUGGAAGCGUCCUUUGGAAUGCAAAAUGUUGGAGGAGAAGAAGGAAAGAAUCUUUCUGGUCCAAUAAAAGAAGAGCAUCCGAAGGAGACAAUGUACAAUGCCGAAUCUUUGAGACAUGGAAUGCAACCAAAACCGACAAAAUUAGAGAGUGGAAAGGAAAUAAAAGCAGAACCACCAUCUCCAAUGGAGCAGCAACCUCCACCGCACCAACAUCCUAGUUUUUAUUCGAAUUUAUAUUCAAGACAUCCAAUGAAUCUUCCAUCGUCACGUGAAGAGGACAUUCACAGACGGUUAAACUCCAGUGCAACAUCGAUCUCAUCAAUUAAGGAAGAGCAACAGCAACAUAUGCAGCAGCUUCAACAAUCCCUUCCAUCACAUUCAGCAUCUCAGCCAAUGAAUUUCCAAACAAGCCCGCAACAAAUGCAAAAGCCUCAUCAGAAGAGUUUAUCGUCAAAGAGUAAUAUGUCAAGAGAAAAAGAGAUGAAGCAUGAGCAAGAGAAGGAAAGCUUUAAAGUAAAGAAUGAGGGACAGAAGCCAACGAUGGAAACUCAAGGACCACCGCCACCUCCAACGAAUCAAUACUAUUUACCAUAUAUUGGUCCAGGAGGAAGUCCCUUCUUCCCCGAUCCUUCACAUUCAAUAUACCGCAAUAUGCUUGUUCCACCUUAUAAUACUCCAUAUCACAUACCAAUGGCACGAUUUCCCACGCCAGAAGAUCUAUCUAGAAAUACAAAAGCAUUAGAUUUACUUCAACAACAUGCAUCUCAAUAUUACAAUACUCAUAAGAUACACGAACUCAACGAUCGAGUAAAUCAUUUGAAGAGUCCAACAAGCAGCAAUGCGAAAAUGCCACCAUCGGUAAUACCUAGUCCAAAUCUUUCAUCAAAUAAUCCAAUGGCUGGAAAUAGUUCAUUACCUUCAAGUAAUAGUAAUAAUAGUAUAAAUGUAAAUAAUGUAAAUAUUAACGAGAAGAGCAACAACAACGAUGAUAAUAUUUCGGAAAAUGACAAGGACAUGAUUAAUAGACAAAAUGGACCGAUCAAUAGAAGUCCACAUGUCGAAUCAGCUGAUGAUGAUGGCGAUGAUACGAAUGAGAAUCAUGAUCAACAGAAUGAUAGCAAAAAUAACGAUAAUGAUAGGACUAAUUCAUCACCAAGCAAUCACUCAAUUCCCAAUCCAAACAAUAUGUCUCAAAUGAAUGCUUCGAAAUUAUCUAAUGAACGGAAUGAUCGGAUUGAUGCAUCGAAUAAUUUAAGUCGAACAAACAGUUCUCCUUCAACGCAAAGGCACGUUCAUACACAUCAUCAUACUCAUGUGGGCGUAUAUCCUAUGUAUCCUGCACCUUACGUAAAUCCAGCAGUAUUGGCAUCUCAACAUCCAGCUGCUGUAACUGUGAUUAAUCCGAUUAAUCCAUUUGCUAAUGCUCCACAUAAAUAAGGACAUUAAUAUAAUAUAAUAUAAUAAUAAAAGUAAUUAUUGAUUAUAUUUUUUAAAUAUUGUGAUGUAAGUAAAUAGCUGAUACUUUAAAGAACAUACUUAUCUAUAAGGUUGAAUUAAUGAUGUAAUUUAGUAAUAAUAACAAUAAUUAAUACGCAUUUUUAAAGGGGUUCAUUAGGAGGGCUCCGUUGAAAUCUGUGUGUACUAAACAUUUUUGAUUUACAAAAAGUCUUUUAAUGUAACAAAAAAAAAUUGAUGAAAAAAAAUAUUUUUACCCUUUUAAGAACCUUUGACUACACAUGAACUGAACAUUAGAUUAUAGAUUUAUUGUAGUUUUAGUCAGGACAAAUGCAUUGAUUAAAUAGUAAGAAAUGAAAAGAUUAAUUAAACGUGUCAAUAUUUUUUUUUCGAAACAAAAGAAGAAAAUGAAAAAGAUUUCCUAUAAACUUAAUACACUUAAAUAUGUAAAUUAAAGAAUUUGAGUAAUGAACUUCAAAUAAUCGACGGUUUUUGAGUUAAGAUUAUAUUUUAUGAGCAUUUUGAGUUUUAGUUUUACGUUUUGACAGUUAAAUAUAUCAAAGACUAGUUUAUGUCCACGGACAAAGUAGAGAUUAACAAAUUAUGUCUGCCAUGAAUAGAUUCGAAAGUUUUUAACGUGUUUUUCAAUCUUAAAUUUUAUAAUUGGACAUGUUCUAUGAAUUUGCAUAAAAUUUGAAUCUGAAAAGUCCGUUAAAAACAGCCAAAAACUUAAUGGAUGCACAUACUGCAGUAUUAUUUUUUAUCCUCACCAAAUUGCAACAUUUCUCUUCUUUAUCAUCUUAAGUUUAGUUUCUUUUUUAAACCACAACAUAAUAUAAAGAAAUGAAUGGACUCUUUAUGCUUCACAUUAUCAUAAAAGCCCACUUACAUUAAUACAAACAAAUAAAAGAAGUAACCAUUCCGAUUUUCUAAAACUCAAGAACCGUCGUAUAAGACAUGUAUCUAGAAUGUUAAAGCUAGAAGUAUUUCCGCUUUAAGAGAUAUGAUUUUCUUCUGAUUUGAAUCAUUAAGGAAUAUUCUAAUAUGCUAUUGAUAGUAUUUAUAUUACGAAGAUAAAUAAUAAAAUAAAAAUAAAAUUAUAUUGAAAAAAUGAAA